GUCGCCAAACACCAGUCAUCACCAUCAGCCAUUAUCUAUCUACUGCUGGAUGAAGGCCUCACAACAAUACGAGGCCUCUGAUCUUGAGAAGGAGAACCCGGGCUGUAAGCGGCGUCGCACUCGCACCAACUUCUCUGGCUGGCAGCUGGAGGAGCUGGAGCGCGCCUUCACAGAGAGCCACUACCCGGACGUGUUCAUGCGCGAGGCUCUCGCCCUGCGGCUCGACCUCGUGGAGUCGCGCGUGCAGGUUUGGUUCCAGAACCGGCGUGCCAAGUGGCGCAAGAAAGAGAACACGAAGAAGGGCCCAGGAAGGCCGGCGCACAACGCGCACCCGCUCACGUGCAGCGGCGAACCCAUGGACCCAGCCGACAUCGCCCGCCGGGAGCGCGAGAGGCUCGAAAGGAAGAAGCGAAAGCUCGAACGCCGAGGGCUCAAGGCAGCUGCGGCAGCGGCGGCGGCGGCGCCCCUCGGAUUCCUCAUUCAGCACCGAGCGUGCGGCAGCCGCAGCAGCAGCAGCAGCGGCGGCAGCAGCGAGCGACGCGGGAACGACGCCAGGUGCGCUCACCUGGACACGCAGACAUUCUACUUUGACAUGGAUCACUGA